AUGGCGGAAAAUUCAACUCCAUCAUCAUCAUCACCCCCAAAACCCUCCUUGCAGCCAUCAACAAAUCAGAUGAACAUGAUAAUUGAACCAAAUUCGCAACAUUUACAGGGUUUGCCGCCCACCACUUCCAGUCUUGCCAUCACCUCCCCUUCUCUUGACCAGCAAAAUCAACAACAAAUGGCGCAAUCCCAGCCGCAGCAACAACAAAUGAUGCAGGCUUUACAGAGGACUCCUUCGACGUCAAGGCUGAAUCAAAUGCAGCAGCAGCAAUUCGGAAUGAUGAGGCAACAGCAGCAGGCGGGGAUUUAUGGGCCAGUGAAUUUUGGGGGCGGGAAUGUUCUUCAGCAACAGCAGCAACAACAGAAUAGUAAUAUUAGUAAUAACAACAAUCAGCAACAACAGCAGCAGCAGCAGCAGCAGCAGCAGAAUCAGUUGCAGCAACAAUUGGGGCAGAUGAACAGCAAUAAUCUGUCGCGGUCCGCAUUAAUGGGGCAAACAGGGCACCUGCCCAUGUUAUCUGGUCAACCUGCAGCGGCUGCAGCACAGUUUAAUUUGCAGAGUCAGUUUUUAACUUCGCCGCGACAGAAGGCAGGAUUGAUGCAGGGUUCUCAGUUCCAUCCCGGUAAUUCUCCUGGGCAGUCUUUACAGGGAAUGCAUGCAAUGGGAAUGAUGGGCCCCCUCAAUUUAAGUUCUCAACUUAGAAAUGGGACGCUUACUUAUGCCCAGCAAAGGAUGAACCCUGGGCAAUUGAGGCAGCAAUUAUCGCAGCAAAAUGCACUCACCAAUCAGAAACUACAGGUACAGAAUUUAGCUAGGACAUCGUUUAUGAAUCCUCAGUUAUCCGGACUAGCUCAGAAUGGACAACCAGCUAUGAUGCAGAACACCUUGUCCCAACAGCAGUGGUUAAAACAAGUGCCCGCUAUGUCUUCUCCCAAUUCUCCUUCAUAUCGUCUUCAACAACAAAGGCAACAACUAAUGCAGCAGCAUCUGGCUUCUUCUUCUCAGAUUCAGAAUUCAAUGGGAUUGAACCCACAGCAGAUGUCCCAAAUGGUACAACAGCAACAACAAAUGGGCCAUUCCCAGAUGAACCAGCAGCCACAACCGCUUUCGCAUCAGCAGCCGCCACAGCAACAGCAAUUGAUUUCGCACCAGCAGCUGCAGUCUCCAAGAAUGGUGGCUCCUGGAGGCCAGAAAUCUGUAAGUUUGACGGGAUCUCAGCCAGAUGCUACUGCAUCUGGAAAUACUACUCCGGGGGGAAGUUCGAGCCAAGGGACUGAGGCCAGCAAUCAUCUCCUUGGGAAGAGAAAGAUACAAGAUUUAGUUUCACAGUUGGAUCCACAUGGAAAGCUGGACCCCGAAGUUGAAGAUCUUCUUCUGGAGAUGGCUGAUGAUUUCAUUGACUCGGUUACAUCAUUUGCUUGCACCCUGGCAAAGCAUCGGAACUCUUCAACUCUGGAAGCCAAAGACGUACAGCUUCAUCUAGAGAAAAACUGGAAAUUGACCAUUCCAGGGUACUCCAGCGAAGAUGGCAAACGUCCCCCAGAGCACUCAGCCAGUGAAGUCCACAAAAAACGUUUGGAUGUGAUACGUACAUCAAUGGAGCCUGUCCCAUCUCAAACAAAUGCAAAUAAUGCUAAGCUGAUGGGCAGACAGGCACCCGGCAACCCAGCUGCCGACAAACAGGUUUUGAUGGCCAUCAAUCAGUCUCUUGCCAAGUUAAAUGGAGAAUAUUGUUGCUGUUCACCGGUUUGA